AUGGCCAAACACCGACCUUUUACGACAUUGAUCAUGAGCACUGUUAUGUGGGUGUUACUGGUUGCCGGUCUGAGCAGUUCAAGCGAGACAGACAUAAGUUGCUUGAUGAGCAUAAAAUCCCAACUUCAUGAUCCAAAUGGGCAUUUGUCCGAUUGGGUAUUCAACAACGAGACUGAGAAUUUUAUCUGCGCAUUCAAUGGUGUAACCUGUUGGACGCCCGAUAACGACGACAUCUUGGAGAUCGCGCUUUCCGGUCUUGGCCUCGAGGGCGAGUUUCCUCGUGGGAUGAACCAAUGCUCCAACCUGCAACUUCUCGAUCUUUCUCGAAACAACCUUUCCGGCACUCUUCCGCCCGACAUUUCCAUCAACCCAUUUCUUGCUUCUCUUGACCUCUCUUUCAAUCUCUUCUCUGGUGAAAUCCCAACAAAUCUCUCCGGUUUAACGUUCUUGGACACUCUCAUGCUGAAUGAUAACCGGUUCACCGGUCAGAUCCCUCCCCAGUUGGCUUGGCUUCAACGGCUCACACGAUUCUCGGUCGCCAACAAUCACCUGACGGGUCCUGUCCCGAAUUUCAGCGAACCCAACGUUUCGGCUUAUGCGAACAACGCCGGUUUGUGCGGAUUUCCUUUGGAUCCUUGUUCGGAUUCAUCGUCCAAGGUGGAUAUAAUCGGGGCCGUGGUCGGAGCUGUGAUCUUUGCACCCAUAGGCGCUGGCUAUGGCUGGAUUUGUUUUCGCAGGGAAGAGAGACCAAUGCAGAGGAGACGCUAG